AUGAGCUGGCUCUUCCCGCUGACCAAGAGCGCCUCCUCCUCCGCGGCGGGGUCCCCCGGCGGCCUCACCAGCCUCCAGCAGCAGAAGCAGCGGCUGAUCGAGUCCCUGCGGAGCUCCCACUCCAGUAUAGCUGAAAUACAGAAAGAUGUGGAAUACAGGUUGCCAUUCAGCGUAAACAACCUGACAAUUAACAUUAAUAUAUUGCUUCCUCCACAAUUUCCUCAGGAAAAACCAGUGAUCAGUGUUUAUCCACCAAUACGACAUCAUUUAAUGGAUAAACAAGGAAUAUAUGUUACCUCUCCAUUAGUAAACAAUUUUACAAUGCACUCAGAUCUUGGAAAAAUUAUUCAGAGUCUAUUGGAUGAGUUUUGGAAGAAUCCUCCAGUUUUAGCUCCUACUUCAGCAGCAUUUCCAUACCUGUACAGUAACCCAGGUGGGAUGCCUUCCUAUGCUUCUCAGGGCUUUCCCUUUCUUCCUUCAUUUCCCCCACAAGAAGCUAGCAGGACUGUCAGUUUAUCUGUGGCUGACACUGUUUCUUCAUCAACGACAAGUUACACAACAGCCAAACCUGCUGCUCCUUCCUUUGGCAUCCUUUCCAACCUGCCAUUACCUGUUCCCACAGCAGACACUUCAGUGCAGAUAAGCCAGAAUGGUCUUGGUUACAGGAUGCCAGAUGUCCCUGAUGAAUUUCCAGAACUCUCCGAACUAAGUGUGUCACAACUUACAGAUAUGAAUGAACAAGAGGAGAUAUUACUAGAACAGUUUCUUACUUUGCCUCAACUAAAACAAAUUAUUACUGACAAGGACAACUUAGUGAAAAGUAUUGAGGAACUAGCAAGAAAAAAUCUGCUUUUGGAGCCCAGCUUGGAAGCCAAAAGGCAAACUGUUUUAGAUAAGUAUGAAUUACUUACACAAAUGAAAUCUACUUUUGAAAAGAAGAUGCAAAGACAGCAUGAACUUAGUGAGAGCUGUAGUGCGAGUGCCCUGCAGGCCAGAUUAAAAGUCGCUGCACACGAAGCUGAGGAAGAAUCUGAUAAUAUUGCUGAAGAUUUCUUGGAGGGAAAGACUGAAAUCGAUGAUUUUCUCAGUAGCUUCAUGGAAAAGAGAACAGUUUGCCACUGUAGAAGAGCCAAGGAAGAGAAACUUCAGCAGGUGAUAGCGAUGCACAGCCAGUUUCAUGCUUCAUAG